GUUUCACUCUCAUCAUCAUCAUCAUCAUCCGGUUUUCGGUUGAUUUCAUCAAUUGUUUUUGUCAAUUGAUUUCAUUUCAUCAUUUGAUGUUUUCGUUUGAGUUCAUCAAUUGAUUUUUCAUCUCAUCUUCAUCAUCGGUUGUCUAUGGUUUCCUUCUCUGUUUGUUCGGGGAACCAUGGCUGCCAUCACUAGCACAUUGCUGUUUUUUUAUCACCUCUCAUCUUCCUAUUUCAUCUCUGAACCUGGGAGUGUUGUCUACAAUCAAAAGCAUUAUUUUCCUAUUCAACAGAGAGUUGUGCCUCUCAGUUUCAUAAUCAAGGGCCUUCAGAUUUUGAGUUGUGCCUCCACGGCUCCACUGUUCUGCAGCUUGUCUCUAGCAAGUCCAAGUUCAAAGAUCUCAAAGUUGACUCUCUUCACCACUGAUAUCAUGAUGGGGCGCUUGAGGUGUUUGGCAUAACUUUGGAAGAGAAUGGAGCUAAGUCUACAUGUUGGUUUAGGAUGCUGCAAGUUGUUUAUGCACGAUCAAGACUCAAGAGGAUUUCAUACACAAUGCAGCACAAAGGAUUUUUUUUUCAGUUGCAAGUUGAAGUUGUUCCCACCUUCAACUUGAGGGGG